AAUUUCACAAAUGCAGGCGUCGUCUGAUCAGACUGUUGGUGUUGACGACGCCCUCAGGGCUAUAAAACCCAGAGGAAGAUGGCAGGUAUCGACUUUUGGGGCUUUUUGCAUUGGUUUCGGACUUCCAAUUGCGUUUUUGCAAAUGUCAAUUGUGUUUAUAGGUAAAUUUGUAUAGUUUUCAAUAAUAACGCAGCUCUUUAUGUUAUAUUUUAAAAGAGAAAAUACAAAGCCAGUAUAUAGGCUGUAAUAUUUUAUUUACCUUUUACUUAUUUACAAAAUCUAGCUGAUAUUCCAUCUCAUCACUGCAAAAUACCAGAAAAUGUUAGCUUAUACAAUGCAGUGCCUAUUGAUCGGAAUGGUGAGAAUUGGAAUUUGUCAUCAUGCUAUCAAUACGUGAAUUUUUCCCGCUCUACAAACAAAACUGAAAAGUGCACGAGUGGCUAUGAAUACGAUCGUACUUAUCAGUCAACUAUAGCAACCGAAUGGAAUUUAGUAUGCGGGAAGGAGCCGCUUGUCGAGCUUGCGAUGACUAUUAUUCCAAUAGGACAAUUAGUUGGUAGUUAUCUCUUAUCCAGAGUAUCCGAUUUAUAUGGAAGACGACCAGUAUUUCUAUUCUCACUCUUCUGCCUUGUCAGCCUUGGAAUGUUACAAGCAAUUGUACCUACCUACUUGGGAUUCAUGAUCGUUGGCUUCUUCGAAGGUUUUCUUGCCGCCGGUUUAGGUUCUACCGUUCUCAUCCUCUGUCUAGAGCUAUUUCCUCCAGAGCAUCGCUCUUUAGCAGGCGCUAUUCUCAAUUAUUUUUGGACAGUUGGUUAUAUUCUCAUAACGCCGGUGGCUUAUUACAUUAGAAAUUGGCGAACCUUUAAAUUAGCAAUCAAUGCACCGAUGGUUUUGUGUAUAUCUUUUUAUUGGAUUAUACCAGAAUCUUUAAAUUGGCUUAUCGUAAAUGGAAGAGUUAGAGAAGCGCAAGCAAUAAUUGAUAAAGGGGCACGUAUAAACAAAGUUAAAAGUCCCAAAUUAAGCAAGCUGAAAAAUACUCCACCAGAACCUCCAUUAGCAUUUCGCCAGAGAUUCUUUUACGAAUGGCACAAAUUAAGAAAGAUAUUUAGCAUUAGGAAACCUAAUAGCAGAGGUGAGAGGCCUACCUAUAAUUUGUCUGAUAUUUGGAGAUCGAAAACACUUAGAAGAAAUACACUAGCAAUGUGUUGGUUAUGGAUAACGAAUAAUUUUACGUACAGCUCCCUAAGUUUAACUGUUACUUUCCUAAAAGGAAACAGAUACUUGAACUUUUUUAUAUAUGCUAUUUUAGAAGUACCUGCUUGUUUGUUAGCUCAUUUUUGCCUGGUUAAGAUUGGCAGAAGAAUGCCAAUGAUGGUUUUCCACGUUAUUUGCGCUUUAUCCUUAAUAAUAUCAGCGAUUUGUGAUGGAAGCGGAGUCGAUAGCCUCGCCUCAACAAUAAUUAAGUAUUGCGCCAAACUAUCAAUCUCAACAACCUAUAACAUAGUCUUUGUUAUGGUUCCUGAAAUUUAUCCUACAAAUAUUCGUAGUCUCGGAACGGGAAUUUGCUUGCUGGCAGGCAGAUUGGUGGGUCAUAUGGCUCCAUUUGCAAGAACAUGGGAGAGGAACAAUCCAAUAGGUCCUGCCUUAUUGUGCGGAUUUCUAAACCUUGCAGCCAGCGGAGCUUGCUGGAUAUUACCAGAAACUCUCAACAAACCCUUACCAGACACUAUUGAAGAACUUGAAACUCAGAGCAUACGAAGGAUUUUUAUGAGAAAUAAAAAGAAGACAAACGACAAAACAGUAUUAAUCAAUUCGAGUGACGGAGAUGAAAUCAACGAUUCAAUGUCGGAAGGCGUCUUUUUCUUAAAUCCUAAGUUCUAGGACAACUGAAGAAACGAAUUAAUUAAAUUUUUAACCUCGAAAAAAGCGAUUCAAAGGAGCAAAUGGGAAAUAAAACAUAUAUUUAGUUUAAUCAACCAGAAAAUGUCUUUGUCUUUUGCGUUCUCAAUUGAAACAAAUUAAAGAAGAGAGACAAUGAAAAAGGAAUAUCAAAUUAAUACUUUUAACUUAAACUCUUUAAAUUUUACUCAAUACAAAGCCUAGUUAUCUAGUCAAUAAACUAUCGACACCAGGCGUUUAAUACUAGGAGACAGACAGAGAGAGAGAGGGAGGAAGAAGGGAAGGUAACUAAAGAUUAAAAUAUGUAGCCCUUUCUAUUAUCUCAAAGAGAGGAGACAUUAUCUAUCAUAUGUAAUAUGUUACUCUAUAUCUGCAAUAUGUAUUUAUAUAAAAAUAAAGCAACUUUAAAUACGUACUUUCUAUUUUUUGACUAAGUCAAAAAAAGAAACAAAAACAGCGUCUAAAAUCUCUAUUUUUAUCUUAGCUUUCUAUUUACAUCAAACGUUAAGAAGAGAAAAAAACAAUUAUAAUUCCAAGUGCAAAGUUAAGUUUAAUAAAACAGCAAAAUGACUUUGGGCAAACAUGAUAAAAAGAUAAAUGAUAAUAUGACAAAAGUUGACUGAAUAACGCUGAAUGAAAUGUUAAUUUAAUGAAAGCAAAUUUGUUAAAGGUAAAGAAUUAAUGAAUUAAUUCAUUAGGCCUAUUUAAUGCUAUUUGUUUAAAAAACUAUUCAAUUCUAUGAAAAAGGUUUGGCGUACAAAUUCUCUAUUAGAUAAACAAUUUAAUGAGGCAAUAUAGAAGGACUUACUCCUUUCAUCAAUACAUUUAAAAGCUACAUAAAUCAGUCUCUUUUAUUCAUACAUAUUCAAUUUUGUUCUGCUUUAUCAUUAAGUAAACAGUU